AGCUGGGUGUGUCGGUGGUAAUAGUAGUAAAGAACCUAACAUGGUUUAUUUUGCACUCAAAGGUCAAUUACACAAAGCAAAACAACCACUCCGCUAAAGAAUUCUAUACUACAACUCUCACUUCUUCUCCGUCUGCUCUGUUCUCUACUUUUACACCCAUUUAUUGUUUCUUCCAAUUCUUCAAAUUGCUUGUUCAAGUCUCCCUUUCCCAUCAAAUGCUUCCUCCUUACUCAGAUGAGUCCUUGGAAGCCGAUGAAACAAUGCACAAACCUCCCAAAUCCAACAACAAUGACUUCCUCAAGAACGUUGUGAGCAAUUUUCAGUACCAAAUUUCUACUCACCCACGUUUUUGGCUUUUCACUUUCUUCCUCUUUUUCCAACUUGUAGUUCUUAUUUUUACUCGCAAUUCCCCCUUCCCGUUCUCAGUUCACUCCCCACCCAGUCCUUCCGAAAUCGCCGUAUUUACCGAAAUACAAACAACCCAUCACAAUGAAAACAUAAUUUAUCCCUUUGGCGAUUCUGAAUGCGAAUAUGGUCGGGUCUAUGUCUAUAAUUUACCAUCCAAAUUUAACAAAGACUUAGCUGUGUCUACCUGUGACGAUCUAGACCCAUGGAAGUGGCAGUGUGGCCUUACAACCAAUGACGGAUACGGAAAGAAAUCGACAGAGUUCACCGGAAUAUUCCCCGGAAAUCUCUCAGCAUCUUGGUACCGCACAAAUCAGUUCUCAUCUGAGGUAAUAUUUCAUUACCGUCUUUUAAAUUACAAGUGUAGAACCAACGACCCAGAUUCCGCUACAGCUUUCUACAUCCCGUUUUACGCUGGACAGGCUGUUGGUAAAUACCUAUGGACUGAUGAAAUCGAAAACCGUGAUUUGCUUAGCAACAAAGUGUUAAAAUGGGUCCAAAGACAAAAGUAUUUUAAAAGAUAUAACGGGUUGGAUCAUUUCUUAACUCUUGGUAGGAUAACAUGGGAUUUCAGGCGAUUAGGUGAUCCAGAAAAACUAUGGGGAUCCACUUUUCUUAAUCGACCACAGAUGCAAAAUGUUACACGUUUCACAAUUGAAAAAGCUCCAUGGGAUGCAAAUGAUAUCAGUGUACCUUACCCUACUGGAUUCCACCCUCACUCUGAGAAAGAACUAAGGGAAUGGCAGAACUUUGUGCUCUCACAUAACCGGACGAGUCUAUUCACCUUUAUAGGUGCUGCACGUGGGGAUAUCGAUACUGAUUUCAGAUCGAGGUUAAUGAGUUACUGUAGGAACGAAUCGGACACGUGUCGAGUCGUUGACUGUGCUGUGGUUCCAUGUUCUAACGGUUCAUCAGAAAUCCAAGAAGCACUUUUAAGUUCGGAGUUCUGUUUACAGCCUAAAGGGGACAGUUUGACCCGGCGGUCCGUUUUCGAUUGUAUGGUAACCGGUUCAGUACCGGUUUUUUUCUGGAGGCGAACGGCUUAUACACAAUACCAGUGGUUUUUACCGAAAGAUCCGGGGAGUUAUUCGGUUUUUAUAGACCCUGAAGCAGUGAGAAACGGGACGGCUUCCAUUAAGGAGAUUUUGAAGAGUUACAGUAAAGAUCAAGUAAGGAGAAUGAGGGAAAAAGUAGUAGAAACAAUUCCAAGAAUAGUGUAUGCAAGGCCAAGUGGAGGUCUUGGGAGUGUCAAGGAUGCAUUUGAAAUUGCAAUUGAAGGAGUAUUGAAGAGAGUCAAGGAUGAAAAUGAAUGGAAGGAAUACGUGGAUAUGGGAAGAGGAAGAUGAUGAGUUUAUAAUUUGAGAGAUUUGAUGAAUGUUGUAAAGUAUAUAAAUCUUUCCCUUAAUAGUCAGCUAUACGUAUAAACACAGGACAAGUUUGAAGCAGGAUGGGUCAUUCUGUAUGGCUGUUGGCAUAUUGCCAUGAUUCUCAGUUUUCAGAAUCAGCAGAGCUCGGAUUUUAUACAUGUAUUACCAUAUAUUUUUAGGGAUUUGUGUUAAGAUCAGAUGAAAAAGUGAGGUUCAAGUGUUAUUUGCAGGUAAGGUAAGAGUUAUAUUGAUCAGAUUUUGGCAAUUCUUUUCUUAUUUUGUCUUUCAGUUCCUUGUACUAAAAUAAGGUCAUUUAGAUCAACCUUUCUACCUAGCAGUGUUUAGCUUCUCAUCGAGAAAAGAAGUCCUAUACUUAAAAGAAGUGUUACAUUUUAAUCUUUUUUAUCA